GACUGUCAGCGGGUUAAAGAUGGAGCUGGUGGGCGAGAGGGCGCCACGAGGUGCGGGGUCGGCCUGGUGCAGACGACGGGGACGGACGACCACCGGGACGUCUCUCCCGCUCACCCUCCGCGUCCUGCCCCGGGCCAGGGGCGGAAGGGGGUCCGGUCGCGUGCAGAGUCAGAGGCCCUGGAUUAAGAAAAGCUCUGGUUUGAAGAGGAUCUUUCAGACUAGCACCCUGGGGAAAUAUGCUGCCCGGAGCCUGCAGGAGGGACUUAUGAGGUGCCUGGCGUGCCCACCCUCACAGCUGGAAUUGGGGGGAUUGGAGCUGAACUGCCAAGGAGCCUGGCCCAGGCAUGCUGGCAGGGCCAUCUCCACCAUCAGGACCUGACACAAUGCACAAUGACAGUUAUGUGCCCUAUGACAGUUAUUCGAGCCCAUCUCCUUAAGAGGAAGCCCAGGUUCCAGAUGGGUGUUUGGGAGUUCCUCUCAACCCUAGCUGAGCACAUUGGGGAGCCGGUUUCAUCCCCGUCCUGUGGGUAGAAGCCCUUGGAUCCAUGGGGAGGUUGAGGGGCAAUAACACAUGGAAGAAACAAGUCGUGGAAGAAGUGAGCCAGCUGGGCUGCAUGGACUCAGGAAACAGGUUGCAGAGACAAAAGAAGGACCCUUGGAGCUUAGGAGAAAGAAAGGCAAAGAAAAUGCCCCUGGGGGGAGGGGAGGGGGGGAAAGCAAGGUGUGCUCUAGAGAGAAAGCUUGAGCUGGGUCCUUCAUCCUAUAUAUAUAUAUAUUUCAGAGAGGAAGGGAGAGAGAGAAAUAUCAAUGAUGUGCCCUCACUUGGAAUUGGUUCAGAGGUCAACGUUCAACCACUGAGCCACACCAGCUUGGUGGGUCCUUCUUCUUAAGGGCUUUUAUUUGGAGGUUUCAGGGAAGGAUCUCAAUAGAAUAUCAGGAGUGUCCUUAGGGUCCUGGUCUCCACUGAUUGGUUGACCCCCACCAGUCCUCAGCCGUGGUGUUUGGUUUGGCUGCUUUUCUGGGCCUGGAACUGAAACACAACUGAGGCCUAGAUUUUUCUCUCCAGUUUGAUGGCAACUCUGUCUCUGGUCAACAGACCCCAGGUUUUGUUCCUAAGAUUAUUUGAUUCAGGUCUUCUCAUUGUCUUGAGGGAUUAAUGCUUCAGGAAGUGGUCAUGCAAGGUCUUGUAUGGGAGUCUACUCUCCACCCCCUUUUCCUCCUCGAAGGGAGUCUACCACAUGACUAGCCACAUGCCAGGGGAGCUGCAUGACCAACGAUAUGCUAGGAGAAGAAAGGUCACCUGGGGGUGAGGUUCCACCCUACAACUGUCUUUCCCAGGCACCUGGGACUUUCCACCCUGGUGACCUUGUGUACCUGGCCUAUCCUUCCUACUCUGCUCAUGUCUAACUGCCUACCAUAUGGGGGAGAGGACAAGCGGGAGAAGGGUGGGUUUCAUGCUGGAGAGGAAGAGGAAGCGGUGAAAAGUGCGGGGCUGGAGUCGGGGCAGAGUGAAGUCCCCCGGAAGUUGUCUGCGGAAGAAGCAAGGCUCUGGCUGGAGGCCUGGAAGGCUACACACUAUGAGGAGGGGGCGCAGCUGAGAUGGGGCGGGGCUGGAAGCUGGCCGAGGGGGCGUGGGCCUUAAAGAAGCUGGAGGGUUCCUGCGCCUACCAUGUUCCUGGUGUGGCCCUCGGCCAGCCCUGACCAAAGCCCUGCCGCCCGCGUGGGAAUUAGGGUCUAGUCCUGCCCUGUGGUGUUCGCCCCCUCGAAAGUGCAAGAGCGCAUGCCCAGAGCUGCGGGCAUUGUCACGUACGGCCCUCUCGCGCGAGUUGGCCCGUCAGCGAUCUCGGAGGGGAUUGGCUGGAGCCAGGGUGGGCGCGGCGCGGAGGCUGUCGGGAAGAGAGCGGGUGUGUGCCGAGGCCCCCACCGCCCACCGAGACCUGAGCCGGGGCGCAGGGAGCGGCCCUUCUCGCCCAGCCCGCAGCGGGUGUGGUCGGCGUGCCUGGACCCUCGGUGACCCCGCCCCGACGGCCGCCGCCAGCCCGCAGCCCCACCGAAUGGAGAUCCUGGACGAGUUCGACAGCGAGUUCCCCCAGAGUGUGACCUUCUGCCAGCGCAUAUCCGAGGAGGCCUUCGAGAGGCAGGCGGCCACCUACACGGAGCGCGCACUGCGCCGCCUCUUCCGCAGCCUCGACCGCAACCCGGCGCUGGCCGAGAGGGUGGUGCGGAAGGACAAGCAGGCCGAGUGCGAGCGGCGCGGGCUCCUCUCCUUCCUCUGGGCCAAGUUCUUCUGUGCAGUCCAGGGGGAGCUGAACUUCUGCAACAGCAUGGGCGCUGUGGAGAUGCACCAACGCCUGGAGCACCUGAAGAGGAGCAUGCACCGUGUGCACCUCUACUCCCAGAAAGCCAGGAAGAAGAGAAGGAAGCCAAAAGUAAAGAAACUAGAACCCGUCCUCUUGCGGAACCGGUCAACCUCCCCAUGCCUGCCGCCAGCACUGCUGCCACCUCCACCGCUGCCACCACCUGCCACCACCAUGUCCUCUGUGGUGGUCCGGUCGUCACCCUCUGUCUACACUAUGCCCAGGGUCUUUGGCCCCUUUCCUCCGCGGCCUAGCAAGUCGACAGAGAAAUUGGAAGUUUCAAGUUCUGAAGUGAAAUUAAACUGGCCUGGCCUGUCAUCGAACCCAAAGAGCCACAUGGUUAAUCUGACCCCCUUGGUCCUCAGACCUGGAGGCUUCCAUUUCUCGUACCUGCCCAGAAACGGUGUGCACAAGCUCCACUACCCUGGCUUCCCUUGGACCUCAGCCUGUAAUGACUCCCCCAACACCGAGGAGACACCAGCCCCUCCUGUGGAGACCCCCGUUUUCACUCCACCUGUCCUGCUCAAGUUCCAGCCUGUGCCCAGACCUAGAGAUGACUCAGAGACUGACCAUGGCAGUACACAGUCUGUGCCCCACAAGCGGGGCCCAUAACCUCUUCCCUGCAGAC